AUGUCGACUGGGAGUGGUGGUGACAACUGCACGGAUCUACUAGCAUCGGGAAUCCCCUCCAUUGGCAAGGCCUGGGGAUUAUGGAUCAUCUUAGGGGCUGUGACGCUGCUACUUUUCAUCUCGCUGGCUGCACACUUGUCCCAGUGGACCAAUGGCCAGAAUAAGAGCCAUUCAGGGCAGGAGCGCUCUGGAGGGCCGACGGAAGAGGCCCCACUCUACGGGAACUUGUAUUAUCUGCAGACAGGACGGCUGUCUCAAGAACCAGAGUCAGAGCAGCAGCAGGAUCCAGCCCCAGCGGGCCCCACCAAGGCUGCAGAGGACGUGAUGUGCUACACCAGCCUGCAGCUUCGGCCUCCUCAGGCCCGGGCCCCCAGCUCCGGGACCCCAAUUAAGUAUUCAGAGGUAAUGCUGGAAUCCGAGCCAAAAGACCAGGCCUCAGGCCCCGAACCAGAGCUCUACGCCUCAGUGUGUGCCCAGACUCGACGCACAAGAGCUUCCUUCCCAGAUCAGGCCUACGCCAACAGCCAGCCAGCACCCAGCUAA